CACGGAAACUGUAUUUUUUUAAACACUGUCUGGCCCAUUAGCUCCAGCCUCUUAUUGACUAGCUCUUACAUAUUAAUCUAACCCAUUUUGAAUAUUUUGCAUAGUACCACGAGCUGGCUUACCAAAAAAGAUCUUAACCUUUAUCUGUCUGGAGUCGGAGAAUCAUGGCGACUCCUGACUCAGCUUCUUUCUCCCAGCAUUCUGUUCUGUCUACUCCGCCUACCUAAUUUUCUGUCCUAUUAAAGGGGCCAAGGCAGUUUAUUACUUAACCAAUAAAACAACAGAUAAAAAGAUAACCCACCUCCAUCACCUCUCAAAUUCAAGUCAUUAUUUAUUUAUUUUAUGAGCCCCUGAGACCAGUUAGUGUGGGACACAUGCAUGGGAACGGGGCCAUCCAUAGCCUACUAUGGGCUACAUCCCUGAAGAGAAAAGGUUCCCCCUCCUCCAGCAGCCAAUCAGUCACCAGUUUGGGCUCAAGACAGGGUCCCAUAGGCCCCGUACAUCCUCGCUGGAAAGUUGACUGACUUGAUCUCCUGCAGGCAGCCAAAGCUGCUGUAAUAUGUCAUGCCCAGGAGACAUUUUCACAGUCGUGUCCCCAAUCUCUGGCUUCUGUCAUCUUGCUGCUCUCUUCUGAGACGUGCCCCAAGCCCUGAGGGAGAUAGUGUGAUAUAGAUGUCCCAUGUAGAUGUCACUCCACAGUCACAAUCUAACUGCUGUUCACUGGGUGGACAGUGGUGAGUCUCUGACGAGACGAGCGCUGCCCUGUGCUGUGUAGGUGAGAGCUCUGAGCUCUGUGUAAGGAUGGGAUUUAGAGGGCAGCUGCGUAAGACAGUAGUCGCUUCCCUAAGACCUCUUCAGCCACAGAUUCUUGUCAGAUUUACAGUUGCAGGCGUGAUUCCCUCCAAUGGAGUAGGCUCUACGUCUGAGCAGGAAACUGCUGGUCACCUCUAAUACUAAUGCCACUAUUGCACUAACGAUCAUAUAUCAUGCCAAGGUGGUCUUUUUUUUUUUUUUAUUCAUUUUUUGUAUGUGGUUAUUUUAUCUGCUUGUAUGUCUGUGCACUGUGUGGACCAGAAGAGGGUAUUGCAUCAAGAUUGUAGUUACAGAUGCCUGUGAGCCACCUUGUGCGUGCUGGUAUUUGAACUCUGGGACUCUGGAAGAACAGUUGGUGCUCUCAGCCUCUGAGCCAUCUCUCCAGCCCACCGAGACGGUCUUUUACUGUGGCUUGAGGGUUCACAGCUAUGGAAGACGGUUGGUUGGCUUUUCUCCCCCAGUAGCCUGUACAGCACCCACCAGCACUAUGAAAGGGGGUUUCCAGGUUGAUUCUAGAUUUCCUCAUGUCCAGUGACCAAAGUGUGUAACUGUCAUGUUCUGCUGGGCAGCUAAGAGCUACAUCAUCAGCUUAUACUGUUGGGGGAUCUUGGGGACCAUCCUGACCAGCUAUUCCACACUGGAUACCAGCAUUUUACCAUAAUAACCUAUGGCUUCUGGGGCAAAGCUUCACCCCAUGUAGUGUAUUCUAUUCCAGCUCUCUUCUUAAAUAUGGAUAUGUGUGUGUGUGUGUUUAUAUAUAACUUUUAAUUGUUGUUUUCUGAAAUAGGAUUUCUCUGUUACUCACUUUGUAUACUUGCUGUUCCUUUGGAGACAAGGCCACGCGUGCGCAGAAAAUACAGUCUCCAAGCGGACUACAAAGCGGACUACAAACCCCAGUGGUACAAUGGAAAACUACGCACGCGCAAGGACACUUUUUCCCAAAAUGCCCAGAGCCCUUUAAAAAUGGGCGUUCCAACCCGCCCGCUCUCUCUCGCCCGCCUCUCACUCUCUCCCCUCCCUUUUUCCUUUCGUCUCUUCACUCCCGUUCCUUGUAUGUUACCCUCCCCCAUUAAAGUUUACCCACGUGGGACCCCGUGUGUCUCGUCUCUCCUUCCCCAACCCCGUGCGUCUCGUGUCUCCCCCUCCCGAACAACACCCCCCGCAUAAAAAAUAAUAACAUUGGUGCCGAAACCCGGGAACCUUCGCGCCCCGGGGCCCUCACCUGAGGCCUCGGCUCUGGGUUUUGGCGCCUCCUGGAGCUCGGGGCCUCCCCUGGGACAAGGUCAGAACCGGACGACCUGCGACCACUCCACGUGUUCCAGCCAUCUCGACACGGCCCUCCCUCUCCAACCGUCAGCGGCUAAUUUGUGAGUUUACCUGGGCUGGCUAACCAUCCCCUCUCACCUGGAGGAGGCCGGCCGAGCUCCCGGCUUCCUCUGGCGUGUCCUGGGUGUGGUUGCUAACCCCCCCUCUUCCCCCGACCUUCCGCCCUAGGCUAGACCUGUUUUUAUCCGCGCCCAAAAGCCCGGGGCUUUUGGUUCUCUGUCCUCUGUUUCAUUCCUUUUCUUUCUUCUUCUUCAUCGUGACCGCCGCUACGGUGCGGCCCGCCGCUACGGUGCGGCCCGACCUUGGCUGAAUUCGACUCAGCCAAGGUCCUACCACCCCCCCUGUGAAAUCGGACGCCUUUUCACAGGGCCUGGGUGUUCUUCGGCUGCAACGGGCAGCCUUCGGGCGUAACUGUCCCCUCCUAGCCUAGACCCCCGUCUCCCGUCGAAAACUAGGACUGGGUCAGCUAGCCCAUAGCACGGUCCCCUGGGUACUCUGACGCCUGUGUCCAGAGCAACUGUGUUCGGGGCAUCUUCGGGUGCCUUCUGCGGAUAUUUUCACGGUUCUAGCCAUGGGCGCUAAGUCUUCAAAACCAAUUCCCCCUUCCUCUCCUCUGGGACAGCUGUUGGAAGCCCUACAGCCCCACGCCUUAAUUCCUUCUGUUAAAUUAUCUCCACUCAUCCGCCUUUGCUCUAAGAGGUGGCCGUCCUAUGGCCUACAGGGAAACUUUAAAUGGCCAUCUUGCGGGUCUUUUGACCCCGAUAUUCUACGGGAACUAGCUAACUUUUGCCACCGUUCUGCUAAAUGGAAAGAAAUGAUGUAUAUUAUGACAUUCUUUUACAUGGCUUUAAAAACAAAUCCUUCUACUGUCUCUCAGUGCUCACCUGCUCACAUGUUCUUAGCAAUGCCGCCCCACCCGGAACCUCCUGCUCCUGCUAUGGACCCCGCGGACGAACCUCCACCUCCCCGGCCUCGCGGGGCUACUCCUUCCCGUUCUGCCAGAUCUAACGAUGGUUCUUCCAUUCCCCUUUCCUCCAAAGUUUCUUUUAGGCACAGAAAAUCCUCCUCCAGGUCACCUAACCGUUCUCCGUCUAGUUCCCCAACAGGCUCCCGUUCUGGAUCUACAGGGAUUUCGCCCAGUUCCUCCGAGGAGGCUUCCACCCGCCCCCGCCCAUCACGGGAGCGGCUGGAGGACUCUCCCCACCCCCACCGCAGGUCGCAGGGGGGGGUGGAGGCUUCCACCCGCCCCCGCCGAUCCCGGGAGCGAUCCCGGGAGCGGCUGGAAAAUUCUCCCCACCCCCACCACAGGUCGCAUGGGGGGGUGGAGGCUUCCACCCGCCCCCACCGCAGGACAUACAGACAGUCGGGAACGUCUUCGGAUUCUUCCCCAUCCCCCUCCCGCCCCGUCCCUAGGCCGCGAUCUUCCAAAGCCCCUCUGGGCGGCUCCACUCCCGCCCACCGCCUUGCACCUUCUUUCACCCCUCCGCUCACACGCUCGCGUGCUGCGGAGUCUGACGCUGGUCAAGUCAGACCAGCCACCGUUCUGCCCUUGCGGGAGGUGGCUGGGGCAGAGGGUGUAAUGAGAGUCCACGUUCCGUUCGCCUUAUCGGAACUCUCACAUAUUUCUAAGUUACUCGGGUCAUACACGGCUAAUCCCACCAAUUUCACAAAGGAGUUUCAAUAUUUAACCCAAUCUUAUAACCUAACUUACCAUGACAUUUUUAUGAUCCUGUCUAAUAACUUGCUUCCCGAGGAGCGCAGGCGGGUUUGGGAGCAAGCGAGACUCCAUGCUGAUGAAGUCCACCAAACCUUAGCCUCCCACCCUCCGGGGGCAGAGGCGGUGCCAGACCAGGAACCCCACUGGGAUUAUAAUUCCCCUGGGGGCAUUCUGGCCAGAGACCGGUUCCUAACUUGCCUCAUGAUAGGGCUCCGCAAGGCUGCCCUUAAACCAGUAAACUAUUCUAAACUCGCGGAAAUUUUUCAGGACACUAAGGAAAAUCCUUCCGCAUUUCUUGACCGCCUUACCAAAGCCAUGUUACAGUUUACAAACAUGGAUCCAGAAUCCACUGAGGGCAGACAGCUUCUAAUGACCCAUUUCUUUAACCAGUGCUACCCGGAUAUCAAAGCCAAGCUCAGACGUUUUGAAAAGGGUCCCCUAACCCCACAAGCACAGGCUCUGGAGGUGGCCUUCAAAGUGUACCACGCCAGGAACGACAAGGCUCGCAACCACUGCCACGUGAUAACCGCACCUGCCCGGCCAGCAGAGGUGACAGACUCGACCCGUCCUGUUCGUGCUGCCCCCCCACCUCCCGGGGUGCGUGAGCCACCGGGCCCAUGCUUCAAGUGUGCAUCCUAACGGUGACCCAGCUACUCAAGAGCCAGACAGAUACAAUCUCCAGACAGAUGCGAUUUCUUCAAUCAGCCACUUGAUGCCAGCGGACAAAACAUCGAUAUGACAUCAUCAGGACAAUAGGACGCUCCCCGGACCCCUCGACGCCCAAAGUCAGCAGGAAGCAGUCAUGAGAGACCGGGCUACGCCCCUAUUCCCUACCCGUUAAGACCCUCAACCCCCCCCUCAAUUUUUUUUUAAUAAAACCAAAAGGGUGGAAUGCUGUUCCUUUGGAGACAAGGCCACGCGUGCGCAGAAAAUACAGUCUCCAAGCGGACUACAAAGUGGACUACAAACCCCAGUGGUACAAUGGAAAACUACGCACGCGCAAGGACACUUUUUCCCAAAAUGCCCAGAGCCCUUUAAAAAUGGGCGUUCCAACCCGCCCGCUCUCUCUCGCCCGCCUCUCACUCUCUCCCCUCCCUUUUUCCUUUCGUCUCUUCACUCCCGUUCCUUGUAUGUUACCCUCCCCCAUUAAAGUUUACCCACGUGGGACCCCGCGUGUCUCGUCUCUCCUUCCCCAACCCCGUGCGUCUCGUGUCUCCCCCUCCCGAACAACACCCCCCGCAUAAAAAAUAAUAACAAUACUAGCUAGCCUUGAACUCACAGGGAUCCUCCUGCCUCUGCCUCCCAGGUGCUGGGAUUAAAGGCAUGCACCACCACACCUGGCUUAAUUAUAUUUUUUAGUAAAUUUAUCAAAUGGGUUUUUCUGUGGGUUUUCAAAUAUCGUUAACGUUAAUGACCCCGCUCUCCACCUCAGGAUUUCUUUUAAAAAGCCAUUUUCUCGUUAGGCUCAUAUUUCUGUGCUAUAAAUGCUUUGGACCCACAGAGAGAUACUUUUUGGCUUGCUUUGACUGGCGUUACCUUAUGUUUGGAAAAAUAUCUUGUGUUUGGAGGAAGCCUGUCAUCCCAACAUCGAUAGGCAGCUGUGGCAGGAUCAGGGGUUCAGGGUUAUCUUCUGUUAUACCGUGAGCUUGAACCAGCAAACAGCAAAACAAGUCCUUAUGAGGGGAAGGCGCAUGUGUUUGGAGGCCAGAGGUCGCAUUAUCUCUUCCUCAGAUGUUCCCUGCUUCGCUUUUGGAGACAGGAACUCUCAAUGAACCUAGAAAUCACCAGUUCAGCCAGACUGGAUGGCCAGGAAGCCCCAGAGAUCUUUCUGUCUCCACCUCUCUGGAGCUGGGCUCACUACAGGCUCACUACACCUUUCCCAGAUUUUUAGAAUGAUCUGAGCUGAGGGCUAAGGUCAUCAUACAGAGCAUCACUGUCACCCACUCUGUCCCCCAGGCUGGCCUAAACUCACAACAAUCCUCCUGCCUCAGCCUCCUGAGUGCUGGCUUCACAGAUGUGAGCUACUGUACCUGUUUCACUCCCAUUAGCUUGCUUCCAUGCCCCUAGGUCUGAAAGGAGCCCGUGCCCACAUUUCCCCCUCAUCCUCACCCUCAGAAGCGCUGGCAUGUGUCUUGUCCGUGCUUUCCAUGUGGCUAUGGGUCACCUGACCACCAUGACAUGUUACCCUUCCCUGAUGGCCUCCAAGGCAGCUUGCAGCCCCAAGCAAUGGGUGCUUGGCAGGUUCCUGGCUGGGAGACCUCAUUCACUCAACUUUCCCAUGGGAUAACAACUUUGCCUGGCUCGUGACGUUACUGUGGGCAGAUGAAGUUAGGUGUCAGGUGCCGCAAGCAGACAGCGGAUGUGAGUCGUAAACACGGCCUCCUGAGCACUGACUUCAGAUCCAGGACUGUGACAGAAAGUCGCAGAAUCAGGCCUUCCCUCCAGCUCUCGUUUCUGUGGCGGAAAUGAUCUGCUAGGUAGAUAUGACAAGCAGAACCUCAGCCAGGCAAGCUGAUGGCAUAAGUCAAGCUACCAAUGACGUGUGGCAACACUGGCCCCUUCUGCAAUUCCUGCAGUGACCCAUAGCUAUCAUCAGAUAAGCGAGAGGCCCCAGUGGAGGGGCAGCAGGCGAAGCACCUGAGCCGUGUCUAAUGCACGGACUAAGCAGAUGUCACAGCCAAGAGGAGCCCAGAGAUGAGACGGCUUAGUACGGUAUCUCCUGGGUGAGGCUCAAGGACAGAACAAAGAUAGCAAGAUGCAGCCAAAGAAGUGGACUAGGCAAUGAAUGGACUUUGGCCAGCGUGCUCGGCAGGUACGCAGUCACGGACGCACUUCCACAUUACCAGAGCUGGGUACCUUUGUACCAUCGAUAUCUGAAAAUAGCAGGAGGUUAG